AUGUUACAGGGAGUCGCAAGAAGAUGCGGCGGCCUGAGAGGCAACAGCACAACACCGGCGGACGAGAACGCCAUCGUAGCUGUCCACAACGAACUCCGAAACAGGGUGGCCUCUGGCGCGGAGCGCCGCGGCAGUCCUGGACCCCAGCCGUCGGCAUCCAACAUGAACGCUCUGGUUUGGGACAGUGAGUUGGCACGUGUAGCUGAGCGGUGGGCCGAGCAAUGCCGCUUCGGCCAUGAUUCGUGCAGGGAUGUAGCACGGUUUAGCGUCGGCCAGAACGUCUUCCAGUACAGUACAACCGGAACGCCGCCAGGUCCGCAGUGGCGCAGAGCCGUACAGGCCUGGUAUGACGAGGUCGCAUCCUUCAGCAGAAACAACGUCAACAAUUACCGAUUCAGUGCAGCAACUGGCCAUUAUUCACAAGUUGUAUGGGCUGUCACACGAUACAUCGGGUGUGGCUACACAGCAUUUACUGAACCAGGUGGCUGGACUUCACAGCUGUACGUAUGCAACUAUGGACCAGCAGGGAAUUUCAUUGGCCAAUCUGUGUACAUCACUGGACAAAGCUGCUCCAGAUGUGCCAAUGGCUGUCAUAGCAAUUACACUUCACUUUGUGCGUAGUGGCUAUAGUUUGUUCAGGGCUAACUACAAUAUAUCUGUGUUAUAACAGUACUCUGUCUGGCACACCCAACUACUGUCAGCUGACAGUGGAUGUCAAAUAACAAGUGAUGGUGGUGGUGAAUGUCACAAAACAACUCAAAUUUUUUGUGAAAUUGUCAGUUAUUAUUCUUGUAUUAUUACUGGUAUUACUGAUUUGUAUUCUAAUCAGCAUUUGUACUCUACAUACCUUAAACUGUUG